CUGUGGUUACAUAGUAUUUCCUCGGGUAACUCGAUGCGCUGGAAGGGGGAAGGCAGAAGAUCCCUCCUUGCCGACAACGCAUUGAGACUUCCAGAAAUCUCUCUCCUUCUGAAGACGUUAGAAACGAGGAAAAUGGCCUCUAAAGUUACAAUCGAUGGAGUAAGUUUUGUAUAGACAGAAUAUAUGGAACCGUUACGUGUAGCCGCCUAGUAAGCAGAGGUUGCAUUAACAUUAAAUUAAAUGUAUGUCAUUUCAGCUGCAGAAACUGAGAAAGGAGGCAUUGGACGACUGCCAUAAUAUUUCUUAUCAUCGGGGAGUUAUUUUUUGUCACCAGAAUGGAAUGGUUUUUCUUUGACACUGCAAAAAUGAAACAGACACUGCAUCUCUGUGUGUUAUGGCUGUUGCUGGUAUGGAGCACAGGGGCCUCUGACAGGAGACCCCUCAAAAGGACAAUCUUACAACGAACAUCCCUCCAAGGGGGGAUUUUUAACACAACACAAAACGUGUUGAACUCUGACAGUAUUGCUCCUUCCGCUGGUGGUAUAAAUGUAUCCCCUAUGAUGAGCCAUCGUGACAGAAUGCAGAGAGAUGAGAAAGCUGAGCCUCCAAGAAGAGGAAAAGGACCACCAAGCAGAAGGAUGAUGCCAAGCAGAAGAAUACCCCAACAACCAAAGAAACCCAUAAACCAGGUUGGCAGUGGCACUGGCACAUCUCAAGACAACAGUAAACCAGUGACAGGGGUGGCGGUUCAGCCUCAGUCCACACCAGCCCGCACCGUCCCCGGCAGCGCAGGCUCCCUCAACGUCCUGGCCAGCUUCGCAGGGAAGAACCGGGUCCUGGUCAUCUCCGCCCCACAUGACUCAGACGGUUACUAUCGCCUGAUGAUGACCCUCCUCAAGUCGGACGUCUACUGCCAGAUGGCGGAGCGGCACAUGCAGAUGAUCGUGAUGUUCCACCAGGAGGGAGAGCGAGGCGGGAAGGUGCGGCGGGUCAACGCCAAGGGACAGGUGACGGAGGAGCCCCUGGAUACGGUCCUCAUCCCCAGGCUGAUGAACUUCCUGAAGCUGGAGGAGGGGAAGUUUGGCAUGGUUCUCCUGAGGAAGACCCUCCAGGUGGAGGAGAGGUACCCGUACCCGGUCAGGCUGGAGGCUAUGUACGAGGUGAUGGACCAGACCCACAUGCGCAAGCUGGAGAAGGCCAGGCAGAGGGGCUUCGUGCAGAGGUGCAAGGCGGCCGGUGUUGAGGGCCAGGUGGUUGAGUCUCAUGGCCAGGGGGUAUUGACUACGGGGUCAGAGGUCAGAGUGAACUCUACAGUGGAGAGGGUGCCAGUGAGGAAAGGGGUGCAGAGACCAGCUCAAGGACCAAAGGCUGUGACAGUUACCACAACCCGACCAACCACAAAACCAACUAUGACCACAAAGGCAACCACAAUUACAACAAAGCCAACCACAACCACCACAACUAAACCAACAACAACAAAAACAAUAAAACCAAAAACUACAAGAACACGACGAACCACAACCACCACAACAAAACCAAAAACUACAACAACACGACGAACCACAACCACCACAACACCCACAGUUCCGAAGCCCUUGGACCCCCAGACAACACCACACUGGGACCUAGAGGUCCCCACCACAGACGAAUCCUCCUACACCCUCUCAGAGACCCACAAAAAUGGCAUAGAUGACGUUACAGAAUCCCACAGAGACCAAUAUGAAGAAGACACAACCGACGAUACCAAACAUGGCCGACAAGUUGUUACCUCUCCAACUCAGCUCACUAACGACAAACCAACUGAAGGUGGAGAAGAGCUGGGCAGUGAACUUAAGGUUGACUCUGAUGCACAGGUGGAAACAGCUUCCCCCAAGAAGAGCAAGGUCAAGCGGCCUGUCAAUGCAGAGAGGAAGAAAAAGGCUGAUAAAUCAGGCAAAAAGAGUAAAGCAGACAAGAAAAGGUUGAAGGCUACUAAAGACAGUGAUGGUGGCUUCUAUCGUGGCAGGAGACCAGGGAAGAAGGCCACUAUUAACCAGGAGAAAGAAGCAGACAACAAGAGGCCCUCCACAAAACAGCCAAACCUCUUAGUAUCCUUUUUGGGUCAUUUUGAGAAGAGACGACGUCUACUUGUGAUCAGUACUCCAGACGAGGAGAAUCCUAUGUACACGCAGCAGAGAGAUGAGUAUCUGGAGCAUGUGUGUGAAUUGGGCGUCAGAAAAAUCUCUCUUAUCACCAUCUUUGGUUCUCUGACCAAUGGCACCAUGAAGAUGGACCAUUACCAGGCUGAGAAGGAUCAGCCUCUGAAAGGCAUGAAAGAAGAGGACUUCACAAACCAGCCCCUCAUCAGAGCCUUGAGGAAUGAGUUGGGACUGAUAUUUGACGACUACUAUAUGGUGCUGACCGACUUUGAUAUGAAAGUGAAGCAAGAAUAUGAGGUGCCCAUCGCCAUGACGGCUGUGUUUGACUACAUAGACACAUUCUCUUCUCGCAUCAGGGAGAUGGAGCAGCAGAAGAGGCAAGGAGUGACGUGUAAGAACGAAGACAAAUCCAAAUCCCUGGAGAACUUCCUCUCACGGUUCCGCUGGAGACGCAGGCUGUUUGUGAUCUCCUCCUCUGACGACGAGGAAUGGGCCUAUCAGCAGCAGCUCUACGCCCUGACUAGCCAGGCCUGCAAUCUGGGCCUGCGCCACUUGUCUGUGCUGAAGCUGAUUGGUAAGGACAUGGAGGAUAUGGGCGGGACCCUUGAGCUAUACCCAAUCAACGGGACUGCCACUGUGGAACGUGAGGACGUUUCUCCCUCUCUGGUGCAGGACAUCAGGAACUACUUCCAGAUCAGCCCAGAGUACUUCUCUAUGCUGCUGGUGGGGAAAGACGGCAACGUCAAGUCCUGGUACCCGUCUCCCAUGUGGUCCAUGUCCAUCAUAUAUGAUCUGGUUGACUCCAUGCAGCUCCGCAGACAGGAGAUGGCUAUCCAGCAGUCCCUUGGCAUGCGCUGUCCUGAGGAUGAGUAUGGGGGCUACGGUCACGACAGAGACCCGGAUGGUUACCACCGUGGAUAUGGUUACUAAAGGAUUGAGAAUAGAAUGUUCCCCUCAGGAUGUGUUCGAUUUUCUAUUGAGGCCUGGUUGUGGCCUUGUCCCAUGAACUAUAUGAAGCCAUUGUAUGAAUGGCAUUUCAUGAAGGCUUCUUUUUGCAUUUUGAUAACUGUGAUGUUGUUUUUAUAAGAAUUGACUUUUCUAUAAUAGAUUAUGAAAAUGCAGCAUACUUUUUCUUCCAUUAUAUUUUUGUCUAUUGAAUGUAUGAUUUGUUUCACAGGGAGAAUGGAGAUUUCAGAUUAAAAACAUUUGGCAAUUGCCUUUUAUGUUGUGCAUAUAUUUGUUAUCUUGUAUGGAGAUAUACAGGUAACUGCCCAAAUAAAGGAAACACUUGAGUAAA